CAUUAGGAGGGGAGACGCUUUCCACCGUCAGCGCCGGAGCAGAGCAGGGGAGCCCUGGCAACAAGGAGAGACACAAACUCAACAGCCCGUUACACCCAACAGGAAUGGUGACAGAACCUGCAGACAGACAGACGUGGACAGAAGGCGCAGACAUCCGGGACGCUUCCCUCCGAUUGGUGGAGAGAUCCAGACUUCGCACCAGGAACUGCAGCUCCAGUCGGGUGUCAGCUCUCAACUGAGCAGCAGGCUCCACCUACUCCGCCCAAGUGACUCUGCCUCCUCUGCUCAGGGAGUGCUGAGUUCCUGAGUCAACACACUGCAUUCUGGGAUAGUCUGGAACCCUCUCCAUGGGCUGUUCCAUCUGCUGACAAACCAGGGGGGUCUGGAGGAGUUGUGUUGAAUGAGGUUUGUGCUGCGUGUGGGCAGGCUUGCUUUUGCAGGGAAAUGAUUCCACAUGAAGUGCAACGCACUCGGCCCCCCGUCGUCCUCGGCGGCAGCAGCAGGUGUGAUGUCGUGACACUCUCCCCUACCACACUGAGCUCACCCUUCAGACGCUAAAGACCCCUGGACCGAACAGACCGCCCUACCCCUCCCCUCUAACCACCCCUCCAUAUCCUUCCUCACCUGUUCCUUAGGGCCUGGAUUUUCUUUGUUAUCAAGAAAAGACCUGACAAUCAACGGCCUUGGGUGAACUGGGUAGAUAGAAAGAGAGACAAGAUUAGGAAGGUUAAUUUAUAGCUAAUUAAAGCAAAACAAAGGACAGAGCAUCAAAAGUCUGGAAAAGAGAAAGGAAAGUGAAAUAGAAAGUCAAAGAGAGGGAACACAAAAGAAAGAAAAAGCUAGAGAAGCCCAAAAGUUGUAGAAAGAUAACGCAAGUACAGUUGAGGGACGUGAAGUGAAAUCAUGAAGUCCAACCAGGAACGCAGUAAUGAAUGUCUGCCCCCAAAGAAGAGGGAGAUCCCCUCCAGAACAUUACCAUCUGAAAAUCGUUCAGUUACCAUGCCACCUGCCAGUGACAGCCAGCGCACAGAGAACAUGGCCUGGCUUGCCAGUGUGGCUGGUGGAAAUGAGAGCAGUGUGGAUGGGCACCGUAGCUCCAGUCAAGCUGAUGGGCCACAGUAUAAAUCCUUCUCCUCCACAUCAGACUCUUCAUCCUCCUCUUCCUCACUGAGGCUAGUCUCAUCUCUUCCUACAGUUUAUACAUCCCCCUUGUCACAAUCCGCAGUUGGAGGAACUGUCCAUUACACCCAACUGCCUCACAGCCUACAGUUCAUAGCCUCACCCUACACUGCCCCAUACACAGGCUACAUCUCCCCCCAACUGCUCCCACCUCCUCCUCCACCUCCCCCCCUCUCCUCCUCUUCCUCCUCCUCUUUGGCCGCACAGAGACCCUCAUACACAGAGACAGCCUCUGCUCCUUCACAGGCCUCCAAACAUGACCAGCACCGAGUAUCUACAGGGCGGACCUCCAUGCCUCCACCUCCUACAGACCAUGCCCCUCACCAUGUUCAGAUGUCAACUUCCCCACGGACUGUUCCGUCUCCUCAUCACCAAGGAGGCAUACACCUUCCUCCCCAGUCCCUGCACCCCCACCAUGCUUUGGGACAUGGAAUGUCCCAGGUUGUGGUGCAGUAUACAGAUGGACCCACCAGGAAAGAGGAGGGUGGCUCCAGACCCAGAGAGCUCCACAAUGGAGAGCUGGAAAGGGGCCGGCGAAUCGGAGCAUCCCCGGAGUCCAGCCUCUCAAAGUCUGGGAGCAAAUCACGGGAUGCCACCUCUUCUUUGUCCUCCUAUGAGGCCCGCCAGCUGGUUCUGCCAUCAGACUACUCUACUCAUGAUCCCUCAGGGCUGAGAACCUCUGUCAUGCUAAUGCCCAACAGCCAUGGGGACCACCAGCUGGUACCACCCAGAGUCAGCCCUGAGAAGCUGACAACCUCUGCCCCUGCACACCUGGAAAAAGGUGGCAUCAUCCUGGGAAAGCCUGUCAAUCGCACACCCUCCUCCUCCAACACCACGUCCUCUUUCACGUUUCCACCCCCAUUUAGUGUAGACAGUCUGAAAGCUACUGUCAGCACACUGUCUCCCCAGACCGUUAUCCAGACCACCCACAGUGCUACAGAGUCACUGUCAAUGGGGCUCCCCUCCACCAGUAUCUACCCACAGGCACCUAUCAUUGGUUACAUCGCAGGGGGCAGUGGAAGCCAGCAUACGCCAAUCAGCUACCACACCAGCCUACAACAACACUUACUCAUUCCUGGCGCCCAACCAGUCAUUAUCCCUGUUAGUGGAAGUGGAGUCACCACAUUGGAACCUGUAACCUCCCACGUGACAUCAUCUACCCAAGCUGCACCUUUUCCCACCACACUCCCACACACAUACAUUGCGGCCACCGCUCCUAAAGGAGAAGCUCUGGAAACCUCCAGUGGCUCAUACCAUCAGGCCGCUUCAGGUGCAGUGGUUCAAGCCCAGCUUCAUCUCCCCAUUGUUCCAGCGCCACCGGGACUGGUUGCUCCCUCAGCUCCGCCUCCCUCGUCCAAUGCAGUGGUGCCUCCCUCACUUCCACCAUAUUUUAUCAAGGGCUCCAUCAUCCAGCUGGCUGACGGGGAGCUGAAACGUGUGGAGGACCUGAAGACAGAGGACUUCAUCCAGAGUGCCGAGAUCAGCAGUGAGCUGAAGAUUGACUCCUCCACGGUGGAACGCAUCGAAGGGAGCCACACCUCACCCAACUUUGCUGUGGUUCAAUUUUCUGUUGGUGAGCACCGUGCACAGGUGAGUGUGGAGGUCUUGGUGGAGUAUCCCUUCUUCGUCUUUGGCCAAGGCUGGUCUUCAUGCUGCCCAGACCGGACCACUCAGCUUCUGGAGCUGCCUUGCACCAAGCUUUCUGUGGGGGAUGUUUGUAUUUCGCUCACCCUCAAGAACCUGAGGAAUGGAUCUCUGAAGAAGACACAGCCCCUGGAGCUGGCCGCCCCUGCCUCUGUCCCAGCCUCCAGCCACGGGCACCUCAAACCCCACAGAGCCAUCUUAGACGCUCCCCAAAGCUGCAGUGGAGGAGGCUCCAGGCACGGCGAGCGGGAAAACGGGAUCAGCCAGCGAGGGAGUGGUGGAAGUGGGAAUGGGAGUGGAGGGGGCGCCAAUGUGGAAAAUGGGGAUCUUAUGUUUGGGUCAGGUUCUAAAGGUCAGGUCGCCAGUGGUGCAGAAACUGGCUCCAGUAGGCCAUCAGGUGGUAGGAAGCGAAGGUGGUCUGCCCCUGAAGGUCGAAAAGUAGAAAAAUCAGAAGAAGAGCCACCUUUGACCCUGCCCAAACCUUCCUUCAUCCCUCAUGAGGUGAAAGUCAGCAUUGAGGGAAGGUCAAAUAUUGGCAAGUAAAGGCUAGCAGGACUGUUAAUAACCCUUGGGAUUUGGGGGAAAAAAAAUACAUAAAAGGAUUCUACAAAGAAAAAAAAACAUGAAUGCCCACAUUAAUGUUUCAUUUGUCUUGGUUUUAAAGUUUUGUUUUCUGUUUUUAUUUUUCUAUCUUGAAUACUGUACUGUAGAGGUAAACUUACCCUACAUGGUAUCACCUUACAUUAAGUCCAUGUAGUUUAUAACACGUUUUUAUAGGUGGAUAUUUGAUAUCACACAAGCAAUCGGUGCCGUUUUGGUGGUUUUUCAUGAGAUGACUUACGGUGAGGGAUUCGUGAAGUGUGCUAAAUGUUCAUCGGUGGCUGUGUGGCACACGGGAGCAUUGCCUGAUGACUCUGCUCGGCUGGCCGCACUUUACACAUUAUGUAAAUUUCAAAUUAAAUUUGUGCACAGUUAGCUUCUUGACAGUGAUUUCACUCCUGUGCUCUGCAUGUGAAGCUGCCUGGAUGGAAACUCUUUCCCACCAUCUCUUGCCACGCCAGUGGUUUUACACUGUGCCGCAGGAGUGAUACAACAUCAGCUGAUCCUGAGCAUGACGGAUUUGUGGAUAAAUCAUAACAUUUUUCAUUUGUUAAUUCAGAGUGGGAGUUGGGUUAAAUGUCGUUCUCCAUGUCUUUAGUGUAAAUGCGUCGCGUGUUAUUCACAGUGUCAUCAGGGUGUGCCAGACCUGAUGUGUGAUGUCAUCAAGUAGUGCCAGGGUGCCACACAACAGAGAGGGAACAACACUUACUCUGUUCAGUUUAAUGACAGUGGAGUCUUUACUUUCAUCUUUAGCAUUUUUGUUUUAAUAUUUUUUUUCUUCAACCCCUCGUCUUCUGUCUCUGCAGUUAUCUGUUUUCAUUGAUUGUCAAAAACCUUAAUCAGGGGUCAUUUAGUUCUAGAUUGAACCUAGGUGGGUCAAUGUUAAUGUAUAAAUGUGAGAUACCCUAACCUAAUACAAGUGCAAACACACUGGGUUGGCAAAAUUCACUCUGAGGAAUUGUUAAGAGGACGACUGCAUACAAUCCUCAUUGUUCUUUUCUUUUUCUUUUUUUUUUUUUUUUUUUGAUGAAUUACUCUAUAUUUUUUUUUUAUCCAGAAAGGCUGUGUGAGAGGAACCGAGAGAAUCUGCAUGUCAGUUCUGAGAGGGUCGGGAUGUUUCAAAGCACUUAACACACCUGUCAUACUCACCAUACAGCCGACAAAUUAUUUUGUUGUCUCUUUAUUUACGCAGUACUGUAUGUUUUUAGAUUUUUUUUAUUUAGACAAGGGUAGAAAGUAGCAACAGCACUUUGGAAAGGUGAAGCUUUCAGAAAAGUGAUGGGGUCUUUUUUUUUUUUUGGUAACGUGGGAGUGGAUGUGCCAUGGGAUCGCAAAGAAAAAGGAUGAAUGUGACAGGAACUGGAGAGAAUUCCUGUAAUCAGAAAACUUUAUGGUGAUAAAUGGAAAUAGAAACAUGAUGGUGUUCAGCAUGUGUGCUUCGUCAGCCAGCUAGCCAUUCAAAAGUUAGGGAAAAGUAUUGGAAUGUGUUGUGAAAGUUUGGGAUCUGGCAUAAGGAUUGAUAAGGAAAAGGCUUUGGAAUAUCCCAGUGAUGUUCUGUACUAGACUGAGAGCAACGAUUAGAAGCUCACGCCACAGAAUUUUGAAGGGUGUCAUAUAUUUGUAAUGUAUGUGUGUAUGCUAGAGUGUGCAUGAUGCUGGCCUGUGUCUGUCCAUACACACACACGCUUACACAAACACAAAACAGUACAGACCAUCCCUAAAACCCAGUGACCUAUAAUUUGUACUAUAUCUGUUGGUAAGCAAUUAGAUGAAUGCAGAUGCUUUUUGGUGCAUACUGUCCCUUCUGCAAAGACACUAGUGGACAGACAUUGGAUUGAUGUGCACUGCUAACAGUAGAGAUGUACAGGAAGUGCUCUGUGGUGUGUUUGUGUACGUGUGUACGUUUGUGUAUGAGUCUGUGUAUAGUGUGUAUAGGAAAAGGAUAUACUCAUUUGAUAUAUAGACAAUGCUAAAUGUCCAGUGUUUGUACUUGGAGUCUUUUACUUAAGAGAAUCUUGCACUUUGCACAUCAGGAGGAGGGAGUUAGGUGGAGACAUGAUUUUUGACAGCCCUGUCCUGAAAGGAGCCCUAGACCGUGCAACACACUGGAGGAGACCAGGGUUUUUGUUCCUCAACAGGCACGUAUCACUUAUUAGAGUUUCUGCAUCGGUGCAAUUAAGGUCAAAUUACAUUUGAGUAUUUACGAACACAAGCAUAGCUGUAAACCGGAAUUUUAACAUGUGCCUGCCUACUGAAUUUGUUUAAAGACGAACCAUUUGCAAUGUGUCUCUAGGAGACCCUCUCCCUGCUGUUGAAACCAGGGUGUCCGGAGUGGUAGGGACUAGGAUUCAGUUUUGAACACGGCCUGUGCUUUCAGCCAGCUGAAACCCUAUUUUGCUAAGAUGUAGCAGUUACCUCAACAGAUGUGCUUGCUGGGUUGACCCAACAUGUAGAGCUUUGUAAGCAACCAGGUCAGAGGUUGUUGAACUGAACAUCAUCGUAGGCUCUUUCUCACACAUGAAAACCCAAGUCCUGCUCUUUUUCUGAGUUUGAUUUUUGAGGUGUAAUGUGAAGUGUGUACUGAUCCUUUGGCAGUUCAGAGUAAUUCAAAUACACUGAUGUUUUAUAUUUUCAUUCAUACAUUUGCGAAAAACAAAACGAAAUUGGCAGUUUUUAAAUGCAUCAGUGAUGUGAGACACGUGUGUUCUGGUGCUCAGUAUGUUCUGAGUGUAGGGUGCCAUGUAGCAUGUAAAUGUUUCCCUCAUACUGCAUGUAACAGUACACUAUGAUCAUGCACUGCAGUUAGAUUAGCAUGCACGGGUUGCUAUCACAAUAGUGUUGUUAAGGUGUGCAGAGAAGUGGUGACUUCCUGCAGGCAUAUCUGUUGAGCUUUCUACUCAGCCUCUGUAUUUAGGUAUUGUUAUUAGGCAGAGAUAGGUUUCACGGGCGGCGUCGUUGGUUGCCUCGAAGAAGCGGAUCAGUCGUAUUUUCAUCCCACUAAGCACUAAGUUCGAACUGUGUGGGGCAGCGCCAUUUCAGGUGGUGGGAGUUUACCAGGGUGAUGGCAGGAUGGAAGUGUGCUCAGAUGGAUGAGAAAUGGAUGGGUGGUGGUUGAAGAAAUGGGCAGAUGGAUGGUGGUGAUGGUGAGUGAAUGAGUAGACCCCAUAUGAGAUUUGAAAAUGCUUUAUUUUUUUAUAAUAAAACAGGGUUUCUCAGAUUAACACCACCACAGUAGUGCAUUUUUAUUUCUUCCUUUUCCUAUUGAAACAUCAUGAGUGUGUGUGGCUGUGUGUUUUGUAAAUGUGUGUACUUGUCCAUUUUUUUUUCUUGUCCAACCCCUCUUCCCAAAAACAAAUGAAAAAGCAAAACCACACCAUCUUAACGAACCUGUCAGCCACUCAAAUCAUCAAAACUCUUACUGUCGGUCAGGUAAAACAAACAAAAAAAAAGACGUAUUGAGCCAAAGCCAAGUGAUGCUGUUGUUGCUUUGGUUACUUAAGAAAGCAAUAGUAUGACAAUAUUCAGGCACUCUCCUCGUGUGUGAGUGGAACACACACACCGAGUAACUCCACUCAAAUUCUUUGCAAUAAACAAUAAUAAUCCUCUAGCAUUACAACCAAAACUCCUCCUAUCUGCCCGUAUAGAAAAUAAAAUUUUGUCACUUACAGGAAAAUGUUUUUAGAAGCUAAUAUACCUGAAACAACUUGUUUCAGUUAACACUAUUUCCCUUAUCCUAAAGUAAAGUUCUUUAGAAAUUGCCGUUGCAACACCAGUUGCUAGUUUUCAGGGAAGUGUCUCAAAUAUGCAGUAACUGAACAUAACCCCCAAAACCUCCUCUGUCCCAAGCAGUCAGAGUCAUGAACUCUGCUGUUGCGCUGCAGGUGAGCGAGCGUCACAUGUCGUGACGUGCACCUGCAGUAACCAGCAGACAUUUUGACUCGGGACUCAGGCCUGCCUCCUUGCCACGACUCCCGUAGUGACCUCGUUAACUUCGUUUCAGGUACCCAGUCAUAGCCAGCCAGCCUCACAAGCACCUCCUCCUAAGGCAAAGCAAUCGAUUAACCCUCAACAACCGUCAGCUACCUUUCAGUGCGGCCUGGCCUGGAUAUAGCAGGGCUGGCCUGGACUGCCUGUUCCCCUCACAGCAUCAUCUUUUGAUAUUCGGUCUCCUUUUCACUGCUAGCUUAUACAGGUCAUUGUGUUUAUACUUAAGUGGAAAUGCAUGCUUAUUAAUAAGCUUUGAAACAAAGCAAUCUGACACAUGGACACGUUCUGAAUGCAGGAGAGGGAACGGCACCUCAUAGCAACAGCUUUUGAGGAUUUGGUGUUGUUUUAAUUUUGUUAAGAUAAUCCCAAGUUUAACCUUUUUGUCCCCCUUGAAAUGUACCACAACGUGCAAUACUUACAUUUUGUUUUUCCCCCUUUGCUGUGCCAAGUGUAUGUAGCAUAGUCCUACUCCAGUGUCUCAUCCUUGUUAAUGGCUUGUGUAUUUUACUGUCUGCUGAUGUGUGUGUCACAUCUGUAACCCAAGAGUCAGGAUGUUUGUGAAGAGAAACAAAACCAAUAGAGAGCUUGUCCGUACCUCUGUUUCCCUUUUGUCCUUGCGGCCUUCCUAAAUUCGAGUGUGUGAGAGACAACGUCACGUCUCUUUUGUAUGUGUGUCUGUGUGUGUGUAUGUCUGCACCAUGUGUCGUGUGUGUAGCAUGUGUGCUAAUGUACAACUGGUGUUCAAAUGUGUAUGAGUGUGUUAAAAUUUGAGUGUGUGUCUGUGUGUGUACGUGUGUGUGUAAUGGAGUGUUUUCUCCUCUAAUUGUCUGUGAGAUCAUAAACCCUGACCCUCGACGGUUCACGGUGAGACCCACAGAAAAAAAACGAAACCUCAUUGCUAGUGGGGACCACUUUUUGUAAAAAAGAAAAAAGAAAAAAAGGAAAAAAAAAACCAACUACCAACCAACAGAGAUGCACAUGUAAGUAGAUGUAAAAGACUUGAUAAUGUUUCAGCACUUUCUAAUCCUAGGAUGGACUUGGUCUAACCCCUCUGUCUCAGACCGAUACCUUCCCUAGGGGUAACAUUCAUUCGAAACAGACAGAGAGAAUGAGAAUGAAAAAAGGGGGUGAAAAAAGGAUGAAAAAGAGAGAUGGCUCAGUUUAAGUUUGCACAUCACCUUGCCGUAACCUUGUGUUUAUCUGUCUGUGCUCCAUCUCGCUUGGCGCCCGGCGCGUUCUUGGGUCCAACGGGCCGAGGUGUUAGGUGAUUCCUUGGUUCUUUUCUACUAGGAAAACCUUUUCUCAUGGAAUGCAUCCCUUCUUUUGUUGUGUCAGGUUUGUUUGGAAUCUUUUCCACCCUACACCGACCAGGCUGUGCUGUUAAUUAGGUUUUGUUUUGUUCACAUUUUGAGUCCUAAUUUGGCGGCUAUGUUUGUCAGGAGCUCAGCACAGCUUGGUUUGGUUGUGUGGUGUGAAAACAGUGCGUACAAACCUUAGCUUUUUUUUUUUUUUUUUUUGCAUUAUCCUUGGUGCAGGAGCUUUUUCUGUGUUUUUGGUCUCCUUGUAGCACUCAAUAUAAUGUCAGGGGACUUAAAACUAUGUAGAGAAUGUGUCAUUGUUGAGUUUUUACGACAAGCUUCCUCACUGGAGGAACACUGCUAAUGUCUUUUUUUUUUUUUUUUUUUUUUUGUUAAUUGGCUUCUUGCACAACUUGACAAAUAAAUGAAUGUUGGUGUGUGAGCUUUGACUUUUCGAUCAGAAAAAAAGGCAUGUGUGCUCUUUGUUUCUUGAUGUUUGUACCUUCAUUUUGCAAAAAGGAUGUGUUUUUGGCACUUUGUUGUGUUUUAAAAGUGAACAGAAUUCGAUCAGGAUUCCUUUUUUUUUUCAUUCUUUUCUUUUCUUUUUUUUGUAUGAUGUCUUGUCAAUGUCCAUAGCGCUGGAUAACCAACUCAGGCAGAAAGGAAAAAAAAAAAAAAAAACUUGUAGAGGCCCACUUAACAGUUUAGUUUCACCCCAAUCAAUUUACAUAGUGGGCUGUUUGAUAUGGGUUAUAAGAUAUGUAAAUUUAUUACAUAUAAUUUGAUAUGAUUAACAAAUGUCAUUAUUGACAAUUAACUAUGGAUUAUUAUUAUUAUUAUUAUUAUAUUAUGUGUAUUAUGCUGGAGAUGGCUUGGAUUUCUCUUCAGUGUACUGAACGUCUUUAGUCUGCCUCUCUGUGCAAGGCGACAAACACUUCAGCAGGGGACAGGCUGUACGCUCCGUGACCUCUGACCCUGCCCACUGCCACGGAGGGGGUGGAGCUUAUCUGUCAGCUGUGGCUCAGUUGAUUCCUCCCCCUGUCCUGAACACUCAGCCCUGAGGCUAGCAACCAGUCUGUCUAGAUGUCUCUCUGCUAACCCGUGACACCAAGUACUGAACUGAAACUUUCUGGCCGAUGAGAUGGUGGCAGAGAACUGGACAUCAGCACAGACCUGCACGGACAGUCUGGCCUGCAGGGGGCCGCAGCAGUUCCCAGCCAACUUGUUUGUACUAUAUUGUACUCACCAAGUCCCUGUGUCUCACCACCCCUUUCCUCUAAAGCAAUGGAGAAACCCUGUUGGUGUAUGUAUUUGACAUCUGUACAAAUGCACCUCUUUGAAAAAGAAAAUGAAACCUUGACAUAUCUGGAA